AUGGCGGAAUCCGGGGCAAGACCUGAUACUUAUGAAUCCAGGGCAGGACCUGAUACUUCUGAAUCCAGGGCAAGACCUGAUCAGAAGUGCUCUUUGCAAAAAUUUGCUGAUUUUCGAGAUGAUAUAAUUGCAUGGUUUUUAUUUGAAUUUCAUGGUAUUGAUUAUGAUUUUGUGUCAUCAUUUCCUGAAUCAUCUAUCACACCAAUAUCUGACAACAAUAAUCUUGACAUAAACAAUGACAUUAUUAAUGAAUCAGAAUUAUAUAAUGAAAAUCCAGCUCUUGAAACAGAUGAUAUAUUGACA